GUUUGUUUAUUUAUUCACGACGCGCCGCGUGAAUAGCAGCGUGAAUAGCAGAACGUCUUCCUCUUCACGCUUCUCUCAACAACACAACACAACUACAACACAACUUACACCAACACAACUCAAACUCAACACACAAUAGGCGCUGCUUUAUCUGCUUCUCGAGUAUCUCAUUUUCUUUAUCUCUCUUCAUCUGACACACUCAUCAUCAAUCAAUACACGCAAUACAACUACCAUCACCAUCAAAUUUUCUAUCAAACAAAUCAUACAAAGAGCUUCAAAGAGCUUCAAAGCUCCUCAAACCGGAAGCUUUAACCUCGAUACUAAAAUCAAUUAUAAACCAAACAAAUAUCCAACAGCAGCAUGCUUCUGUUUCCGUUCUUGGGGCUUGUUGUGUCCCUGACCCUCUGGGGCACGUUCUACCCUGUGCCAUUUACCGAUGUCCGCCCUCACGGGCCCUUCAUGGGCAGAAUUACAGGGGCAAUUAAGGCCUCAUUUUUAUUGACGGGCACUUAUGAGUUCAUUUUAACCGCUGGUUCGAAGGCCACCGGCGCUCUCCAACAUGAGUCGUUCUCCAGUUCCUCAGGGGCCCCCGGAUUCCCUAUUGACACAUAUCUUGAUGAUAUGUCUUGCAACAGCAGCUCCUGGGCAUUCACCACGGCAACACUCUCCAAUCCAUGUCUCUCGCGAGAUAUGUAUUCCAGCAAUUCCUCAGAAAUCGCUUUGGUCACUGAGCCUCUGGAAACUCCUCAUGUUGCUACCAGCGGCAUCGAGAAGGCCCACACUACGCAAUCAGCCCAGUCAUCCACUUUUCUACUGGAGCUGGCUCUCGGGUCCCUGGUAACUGUCCUUGUCUGUUGGCUGAGUCUUAGACUCAUGAAUAAUGCUUACACACUGAAGGAUUUGGCCCUCUCCUUGGGUAGACUUUUCGUGCCUUCACCCGAGGUGGCCAACCACCUCGUUAUGACAUCUGGCCUGACUGUUACGGUCAACUCGAGCAAUGAUGUGGUCUUAUUGCCCACACCGGAAGCUUGUGGGUCCGUAAUGGCCAUGGCCGAGUCAGCUUUGGGCAUGGGGCAAUCGGGUGUGAACCCCAUCUACUCCAUGGAGAAUAGGUCUUUCUUCACCGGCUCUGUUGCGACGUGUGACGCUUGGCUGUCAACCCCUGCAUUGGUUACAGGCUCACAACUGGUGGACUUCCAUCCGGUUGUCGACGCGGUAAUCAAUCGCUUGGAGCGACUACAGGUCGGAGCGCCCGUUAACUGGUCGGAUUGCAUGGCCGCAGACUCUGAUGCCACACCCGUGGGAAAAGUCAACAACGAACCCGGUUCAACUUCCGAGUCGUCUGUCACAUUCGCUCCUGUCCGUAUGCCCCAGCUGACGGCGCUUGUGCUCCGUCGGUUUGAAAACAUCUCGCACUUCGUGCUCCUGCGGCUCGUGUUCGUUAUCGUCGCGGCCGUAGGUGAUGGGCAAACGGUCGCGGAAAAUACUAGCAGCCCCGACAAGGAAGAAGGACCCCCGCAGCGCCCAAAGAAGAACAGGAUGGGCCAGAGGCAGCGACGUCGAAUUUACCAGCGCGAGAUGCGUAAGCAGCAGGCGGAACUGAUAGAGCGCCUGGAUGCGGGAACUGAUGAUGGAUCCAAUCCAUCACCGCAAACCCCUCCAGGUCCUGUACCAGCCUCGUCUGCUGGCCAUGUCGUGCCGUCAACAGUUGCGCCGAUGGUUCCAAGUCGGCCUGCCAUGCCUGUGAAUCCGCAGGGCCAGGGGAAUGGGUUCCGCCCGCCUCAUCCACAUCCGCCUCCCCCCCAUUGGCAAUUCCCAGUAGUUGCUCGACAGCCGCCCUUCCCAGGGCAGGGAGGUCCGGUGACACCGUACCCUUGGCAGUACCAGCAGUACGGCUAUCCCCACGCGUUCAACUUUCGUUAGUUCGCUAGAUACUGGUUGAGGACAAAAGAAUCUGCUCCACCCCACUUGAUGGAGUUUUUCCUCCGGCCUUUCGUCAGAUUGGUUCGGUGUAGGUGAACGAAGUCAGGCGGGAGAGCGAUCUUUUUGACUCUUUAACCAGUCUGGUGAAAAUUCGGAAAUGGACACGUCGAUGAGAAAUCGAGGGAUACGGCUGUGUGGGACCCCGAGACGGUUGGCACGGGGUGUCGGAUUUGAGAAGAUUAAGCAUAAAAUAAGGAGGGUCAAGAUUGCUUUUUCGGGGGAGCGGUGGGCUAUGAUCCAUCCGCAGGACCUCGCGCCCCCUUGGAUCUCGGGAAAAUAAAUCCACGCCACUUCCAUAGUGGGAUGAAUCCGCAACUAUGACAAUCCCCGACAACAUCCCGCCCAGUCCACAACCUUGUUCGGAUUCAAUCACUCUUCUAUUUGAAUCUCCACUUCUCCUCGAAAUAAAACAUCUGUGGCUACGGAAGUCAGUAUCUCCAGCACGGAGAGCACAAUAUUGGAGAUGAACGAUUGAAGAUGAACGAUUGGAGAUGAACAAUUGGAGAUGAACGAUUCCUUUUUGCAUUGUAUCGGGUGUAUAGAAUUGGAAACAAGUGAUUGAUUGAAUGAGAUACGAUGAAGAGAAAGAAUGAUUCUUUCACUUAUGAUUGUUUCCGCUGUUUUGAUCGGUUGAUGUUUGAGGCUUUGUUUUUCUUCUGAAUCUUUCUUCUUUUCAGUUUGUUGUCAGUCAUUUCUACUUUUUAUGCAUUGGAUACCCACUUUUGCAUUUAUUUUACUUUGUUCAGUGUAUUUUUUAUUUAAUUCAUGUAUGUGCUUUCAUAAAGCUUUUCAAUACAUAAUGUAUUUUCAUCAAAUCAAUCUGUCUUUCUGAAAUUGUAUAGAUUAUGUCAAAUCUACUUUUGCUUUCCUGAUAGACUUGAAGAUAAGAAUAAUACAUAUAC